AUGCUGACUACAAGCCUUCUUACGAUCCUUUCCGCCUUUGCCCUCGUCCGUGCCCAAAACACGACGAACAACCCUCAGCUCGAGGUUCAGUCCAUCGACGCUCAGUUUGACAAUUCGUAUCUCGUCCCGGACCUCCUUGCAAGCUUUGACCCACUUGCAUUCCUCACCGUGUCCUACGGCGGUCAACCCAUCAGCGCUGGCACUCUUCUCCCUGUCAAUGACACUCAGGCAGUUCCUACUAUCACCAUUACGCCAGCAAACUCCUCCGUGUCGCUGGGUGACCUUUUCACCCUUGCCAUGGUCGAUCCAGGAGCGAUUGGCAAACUCUCCACGCCCGGACCUACACGCCAUUGGCUCGUUAACGGUGUCACCAUCGGCGCGAACGGCGUGCUUUCUGUCCCCCAGACGGCCAUAACUGCCUAUGGAGCCCCAUAUCCCGAUGAGGCCGAUGCUCCUCACCGCUAUGCCAUCCUCUUGUGGCAGCAGCCUGCGUCUUUUGCGCCUCAAGGUGACCUUGCGAACCCUGGGCAGCCCAUUACGCAAUUCGACCUUAAUAGCUAUGUUUCGUCGAGCGGCCUUGGCCCUGUUGUCGCCGGAUGGUACUUCACUUGUACACGUGGAGAUGCUGUCGCGCCAACUAUUACAUCUGCUGUCGACAUUCGCACUCUCCCCGCCUACGCAGCUGGUACCGCUUCUGGAUCUUCCCACUCUGCUUCCGGAACCCAUACAAGCACGGGAUCGCCAAACGGUGCCCUCAGCUCGAUCUCUUUCAAGCCUGUGACCGCACUUGCUGGCGUUGCUGCCGCCAUUUUCAGCGUCGCCUUCUUCUAG